UGCCUGUCCGUCCUCCUGCCUGUCUCACUGCCUGUCUGUCCUCCUGUCAGCAGCAGCAGCAGCAUGAAGAAGAGGAGCGGUGUGUUCGUGCUCUGGGUGUGUGUGUGUUGUGUGUUCUGUUGGCAUGACCUGGACAACAGUGAGUACGACUGCUGGCCUCUGGACAAACCCAACGAGUACAACAUGAUGGACUGUGGAGGUCUAGAGAUGUCCUGGGUGGUCCGCCCUCCAGAGACGGUGAAGAGCGGUGAGUUCUUCAGCGUCUCGUACUCGGUGACGGCCUCGGACUCUUUCUACCAGUGGGCUGUAGAAAACCACAUCUUCACUCACAGCUCCAUAUCAAACGCCGAAGCAGCUCGGAGGUUUUGUGAACAGCUCGACUGUCCGUCCAACUGGAAAGACGCUGAUGGAGAAAACUGCUGCAUCCAUCACGCUAACAUCCACUCCUGUCCUCUGGGUCACAUGACGGAGAGCAUCUGUGGUCCGUGGAUACCCGACGACGGGAAGAUCUUCACUCACACCAUCUCCACCUCCGGCAAGAUGACCCAGAACAACUGGACCGCCAAGGUGGUUCUGUUCCACGCCGGCUUGACGUCGCUCAUCGCUCACAUACGAGUCGGUCGCAUGCAGGUUGCUCUGGAGGCCAAGAGCACCGUGCAGCCGGCUGUAGGUAGGUUGUGUUGGUGUUUGUUGACCCCCUUUAGUCUCUCUGUUUGUAUUACUUUAAACCAAUCACAAUGGUAGGUAGGCUUAUACCCAAAGUCUGCGUCCAGUUAGUCAGACUAGUUGACCAUUUACUUCCUAGCAUGACUAUAGCAACAGUUACAAUGAGGGGUCAUGUGACCAAAAAGGUAGCUCAAAGCUAAAGUCUUGGCAGCAAAAGUAGUUUGUUUAGUUUAUAAAGAAAUCCUCUCGUUAAGACCUUGGUGUAAUCGUCAUUUAUACGGAUCUGGAUUCCGACGGUCGCCCUUGUAGCCCUCUAGGUCUGCUCCCGGCACCCCAAGGAAGGCGUUCAAGAGGAGUACUGAUCAGAUGCCAAAACCAUCUCAACCGACUACGGUUCUCUUCCAAGUUCCUCCUGAAUAUCUGAGGUCCUCACCUUGUCUUUAAGGUGGAGUCAAGACGUUCUUUCAACUGUUUUGGCGGUUCACAAUCUCAUUUAUUUGGAUUAUAACCCAGGAAUCAGGACCACAGGGGGACAGUUGGAAGGUGGAUUGGCCGCUAAUUCGAGACCUCCAACCAUUGAAGCUCAGCUGAUGAGGUUACAUGUGGUAAAGACAUGGACUGUAUAAGAAGUGGACAUAGUCGUUGUGACGUCUCUCGUUGGAUUGUGGACGUUUUGAAGCCUCGAGUUCAGCGUUUUGGCCGUCGCCAUCUUGUUUUUUUGCAACCAGUGA